AGUUAAUAUAGGAAAAUUUCUUCUUUUUUCUCAAUGAGGCAACACACCAAACCCUAAUUCCAUCUUAUAUGUUCUCUCUAUUUAUACACGGACAUGUUUAUAAGCUCAGAAGAAAUAAACUAGAAAACUUGAAAGAUGGAGCCCAAGGAGAAAAAGCAAAAGCUUGACACAUCAGAAAUCAUCGCAAGUCCCUCUCUCUCAAAGACGCAUCUAAAGAAGAAGAAGAAGCAAAAAAUCAGAAAAUCACAAGUAAUCACAAGUUCCUCUCUGUCAAAGAAUAAAGAUUUGGUAAUCAAAAGUCCUUCUCUAGCAAAUAUUGAUGUGGGAAAAGCAAUGAAGAAGCAAAACGAUCUCGCUAUAUUCCUUACGGGGCUAGUAAUCUCUUCCGUAGCCAAUAAUACUAAUUUUGUCUUCUCUCCUGCAUCAAUCAACACCGUACUCACCAUGGUUGCUGCUAGCUCCAGUGAUGAAGAAAGUAGAGAACUAAGAUCCUUCAUCCUAUCCUUCCUUAAGUCUUCCUCAACCGAUGAACUUAACGCAGUUUUUAGCGAAAUCUCUUCCACCGUCCUUGUUGAUGGAAGCAAAAAAGGCGGCCCCAAAAUCGCGGUGGUUAAUGGUGUUUGGAUGGAGAAAUCUCUAUUUAUUAACCCCUCGUCGAAAGAUCUCUUUAAGAAGUUCUUCAAGGCUGCUUUCGCUCAAGUUGAUUUCAGAUCCAAGGUUAGUUUCUGAUUUCUCUAGUUUUACAUAUUUUUUUGAAUGAAAUAUGUUUUACACAUCUCUUGGUUAGGUUUAUAAUCCGUAUAUUUGAUCUU